GUGUCCUGUCGAGAGAGAUUGUUUUCCAGAGCCCCCAGAGAUCGACUACGAGAUAAUGAUCGGGAUAUCAAACGGUCGAGAACUUUCGUGGUGAAUCAGUGAUUUUUAGUGGUAUAGAGAGUGUGGUGGUUUUGAAAAUUCGCGGACCCCGAUGAGCCACACCUACCAUGGCCCAAUUCGUCACCCACAUCCAGCCCACUCUCAUCGAGUCCGCCCACCAUCACAUACCUCACGCCCAUCACCACAAGGACCACAAGGACCAUAAAGACCACAAGGACUACUACAAAGACAAGGACAAGGACCACCACCACGGCACGUCCAAAAGUCCGCACAAAGGCGGAACCGACCACGCCCACAAGGGCGGGACUGACCACGCCCACAAGGGUGGCACUGACCACGCCUACAAAGGCGGGGCCGACCACUCGGUGAUCCCGGGACAUGUGAGGGAGUACCCGGUGCUGCCUCACACGCCUACUGAGCACCACCAUCACCACCAGGAGGUGGAGUCAGGCAAGAGGGAUUCGAGGAGUUACGUGGACUCGCACGGGUUUUCGCAUUCAUUCGAGCUGCAUUUUAUCGAUGCGCAGGGCAUCACGAGGGACUGUCACGGGCACGGUAUAGAGGAUGAGCAGAGGAGGGAAGUGCCUAGAGAGGAGAAGCACCAUAGGAAGAUAAAGGAGGACAAGUCGCCUUAUAAGGAGGAGGGGAGGAGGCCGGAGCCUCCGCAUUUUAUCGAUAUACAGCCGGUGCAUUUGGAGAAUAAGCAGCACGUGAGUACCGAUUGCUAG